UUGGUCGUUGGUCGUAUGUGGUCGUAUGUCUAAGGAUGUAACAUGUGCUUUCGUGUUUCGUAUGGUUAAAAAAUUUGUUUGGAAUUAUAUUUAAAUACUCUUUUCGCACGCCUUAUCAGCGUGACAUUUCCAAAAGGUGUCGAUUUAAAAAGAAUAUAUAACAAUGGGUCUAUACAAUUUCAAGAAAAUAGCGGUCGUCCCUACUGCAAAGGACUUUAUCGAUAUAAUCUUAUCGAAAACCCAACGUAAAACUCCAACAGUUAUUCACAAAAAUUAUAAAAUCACAAGGAUACGCGCUUUCUACGUACGCAAAGUAAAAUUCACGCAGCAAAACUUCCACGAUCGAUUGUCUCAAAUAAUACAAGAUUUUCCUAAGCUGGAUGAUGUUCAUCCAUUUUAUGCAGAUUUAAUGAAUGUCUUGUAUGACAAAGAUCAUUACAAGCUGGCUCUUGGUCAGAUAAAUAUAGCACGACAUUUAAUCGAUACUGUAGCAAAAGAUUAUGUACGUUUGCUGAAAUAUGGAGAUUCUCUAUAUCGGUGUAAGCAACUGAAGAAGGCUGCUUUGGGUCGUAUGGCCACUAUUAUGAAAAGGCAGGCUGCUAAUCUAGCAUAUUUGGAGCAAGUUAGACAGCAUUUGGCUCGUUUGCCUAGCAUAGAUCCUUACACACGUACAAUUAUAAUAUGUGGUUUUCCAAAUGUUGGUAAAAGCAGUUUUAUAAAUAAGAUUACUCGUGCUGAUGUUGAAGUUCAACCAUAUGCAUUUACAACAAAGUCAUUAUAUGUUGGUCACAUGGAUUAUAAAUACUUGAGAUGGCAAGUAGUUGACACACCUGGAAUUUUGGAUCAUCCAUUGGAAGAGAGGAAUGUUAUAGAAAUGCAGGCUAUAACAGCACUUGCCCAUUUGCGUGCAGCUGUACUUUAUUUUUGUGAUAUAUCUGAGCAAUGUGGCCAUACCUUGGAAGAUCAAGUGAAAUUAUUUGAAUCCAUCAAACCGCUGUUUGUUAACAAACCUUUAACAGUAGUGGCAAACAAAGUAGAUGUGUUACGUUUAGACGAACUUCCGUCUGAGAAACGAGAAAUUUUAAAAUCAUUGGAGGCGAAAGACAUACCUGUAUUGGAAAUGAGUACAAUUACAGACUUUGGAGUAAUGGAUGUCAAAAUACAGGCGUGCGAACGUCUAUUGGCUUUCCGUGUUGAUCAGAAAAUACGAACGAAGAAGGUAGAAGGAUUACUUAAUCGUUUACAUGUCGCGCAACCAAUACCCAGAGACGAGAAAAUACGCGCUCCUUGUAUCCCAGAGAGUGUUUUGAAGAAGAAACUAGCAGCUGAAGAACAGGCGAAGAAAAAACGAAAAUUGGAGCGGGAAAUUGAAGAAGAAAUGGGAGAUGAUUACGUGCUUGAUUUGAAGAAGAAUUAUGAUAUAGAGGGAGAUCAGAAAUAUGAUAUCAUUCCAGAAAUAUGGGAAGGACAUAAUAUCGCCGAUUACAUCGAUCCAGAUAUAUUUGAGAAAUUGAAUCAACUCGAAAGGGAAGAAAUGCUUCGAGAGGAAGCUGGCAUGUACGAUUACAAAGUGCCCGAAUUGACCACCACGAUGCAGGAGAUCGUGCAAUUAGCUAAACAAAUUCGCGAAAAGAAAGCAAUCAUGAAGGAUGAAGCGCGAAUUCAAAAAGCUUCUACGAAACCUGUGAUACCUCGUACAGCCACGGCCAAGACACGAGAUAGGUCAGUGUCGAAACUCAAGGAACAAAUGGAAGAUCUCGGCAUCGACAUGGAGGAGACCGAAGAUGCGCACUUUACCAAAACGAGAGGGCGUUCGAGGUCGUUGUCGCAACCAGCUAGGAAACGUAUGCGCCUGGACACUGUGUCUCAAUCGAGAGCUCGAAGUAGUUCAAGACCAGCCCGCGACGACAUGGGUGUUAAAGAUGUCGCGAUGAAAACCAAAUUGAAGAACAUAGCGCACAAGGCUCUGAAGAAGAAGAUCGCAAGGAAGGGCAUGAAAGGAGAAGGUGACCGAUUCAUCGGUACAAAAAUGCCGAAACACUUGUUCUCAGGAAAGAGAGGCGUUGGUAAAACGGAUAGAAGAUAAUGUUAUUUAUACGUUGUUAUACUGUCAAAGAUUUCCAUCGAGUUCCCAUCAAGAUUCGUUUCUCGCUUGUCACGCGAAUAAAUUGAAGUUUGCUACAAAUCGUUUUUACCUCGCUAUUAAAAACGCGAUUAGGCCAUAGUUAAAGUCGUGAAUGGUAUCGCGACAGUGUGAAUGAAUUGUCUCAGAUUGCAUAACUCGGUCGUCGCGAUGACCUUCGCCCUCGUACGGGGCAACAUCGCACGUUCAGCGAAAGUUUAUUGCUGUCGUACGGAGAUAACCCCUUCGCUGUAGCAUUCAAGAGUCUGCCUUGUUCGGAAACUCGUAUUCCUUACCAUGUAGUAACCGAUAUCGGUGCUCGUUCUGUUGCGUUGUGCAAUGUCCGCCAUCUGGUAUCGUUAGUUUUACAAAAACGAGUAAUGCUCGACGAUCAUGUUCGAAACGAACGAAGGAAUAAACGGGAGGUUAUAUGUACGAAAUCAUGUGGUCGAGAUAUAGUUACGGUUUCUGUUAUAUAAAUAACGAUUAAAUUUUUAUUUUGUCGUUACAUCAUCGAUGGUUGAUUAGAAAGUACAAGUAACGUGAGAUGUUACGAUGCCCAUUGUGCGUAGUUGAAAUUAGCUUCGCGAACGAUAGUUCGAUACGUAAACGUAUGUUCCUUCUAUUUGACAAUGAGUUCAGCGAAAUUACGAUUACGAAUUUGUGACUCACCGCACGCGUACAUGUAAGGUAGAAGGAAGAAGAGUGUCCCUAAGUAUUUUCUUAUCGAGUUUAAUGGAUGCGAUAGAUGUGUGGUGUAUAUAUAACAGAGACGGGCAAAAUUCUUAUCUAGAUAAAACUGUUGAGUAAGGAAUAAAUUAUAGGCAAUUUUUUAUUUUUUAUUCGUUGAAUGAAAAUUAGAAUUUGAAUUAUAAGUUUAAAUUACGUUUCGCUACGAACGAAUAAGUCGCUAUACCUUGUUCUUAUUCGUUAUCUAUUUACUCGAACAAAGUUUUGCCCAUCUCUGGUAGAUAAGAGCGUUCGAGAACUUCUCGACGCGUACGAGAGUUCGGAAAGUUUACAAUUUCGACCGAGUCCUCCAUACAAAGCCAUUCGUGUGACAAAUCGGUCGAUAGGAGUUGUUUUUUCUCGACACAUUGCAAAAAGAAUAAAAGGAGUACGAUCUCGGGUA